AUGGAUGAUCAAGCAAAACCCUCAUCAACUAGUGCACCACCACCACCACCGCCAUCAAGACCUAAAUGGGUGCUUCCAUACAAGACCCAGAACUUAAGAGACCAUUACAGCAUAGGGAGGAAGCUUGGUCAAGGACAGUUUGGUACAACUUUUCUUUGUACGCAUAAGACUUCAGGCAACAAGUAUGCUUGCAAGUCAAUUCCAAAAGAAAGCUUCUUUGCAAAGAAGAUUACGAGGAUGCGUGGAGGGAAAUCCAGAUAA